AUGUGGUCAAAAUUCGUUGGCCAGUUAAAGAAUGCCAACCCACAACCUCUUUCAGCAAUUUUUGGUACACAAACAGUUACAUCAACACCGCCAGUAUUUAAGUCACCUGAAAAACCGUCUGUAAGAAGAAGAGCAUCUAGCGUAAGCUCGGCUAAAUAUCGUCAGAGCGUAAUUUUCGGUCAUAACUUAGAAAAUGAGGCUUUAGAAAAAUCUAAACUUAAUACACGAAAAACAAUCCCCCCAGAGCAGCAAAAUGAUCUACGUGUACUCUUUCAACAAUGGGAAAACUCUAUUGACGAAAAGGAACGAAACGUAUUAUUAACUUUAACCUCACGCAAAUUUUGUGAUAUAUUUGUCGAAGCUCCAGACUUACUUCAAGAGAGUUUUGAAGGCCUUGUUUUCUUUACCGAUGUUAUAUCAAAAUAUUUGGUUUUUCACAUUCGCAAUGCACUUCCAACGGAGAAAGAUUUUAAGGCUAGUCAAAACCUUUUACAGAUUUUGUCUGAUGAAAAUCAAUUAUUUUUAUUAUUAAAAGCUGUUGAUAUAUUGUGUUUUGGACCUGAAUUGGUAUAUGAGAUUAUGUCCGUAAACGAACUUCCUUCAGUCUUGAUCUAUACUUUACAAUGUUUCAUAGAAAAUGACUCGCAAGAAUUAUUGCCAAAAUCUAAAGAUGAAAGCGAAUCACCAUCAACGGAUACACCAGUGUUUGCUUCUUUAAAUUUAGUAUCUGAUAUCGUGACGGAUAUUCUUUAUUAUUUUAUAACAAAACCGAUAAUUUUGAGUCAAUUGAUUGAACAAGAUUUAUUAUUCUUAUUAGUUACAAUGACAAUAAGUAAAGGAAAAACCGUGUAUACUGAUGAUGAGCAUUCUAUUAUUUGGGAGGAUAGAGCACUUGAGAUUUUUGCUGGUUUAUUUGAUUCCAAUAUUAUAAAUGAAAGAUGUUUAAAUUAUUUUAAGAGUAAAAACAUUUUAGGUGCACUUAUGAAAGUGUUGACGGAUAAUAUUGAUUAUGAAGGAAAUAGAUUUAUUAAUAGUCCACAAUUAAUAUAUGCCGGUUCAUUGCUUGUCGACUUAAUACAGGGUACAUAUAAAAAUACCUUAAUGUUUUUGGAAGAAUUUUAUAAUUGUAAGGGGUAUGAUACCUUUUUCAAACUACUCAUAUUACCGCCAUUUGAUGGAACGAUCACUAAGGACACGUUAAUAACGCUGGCCGAGGAUCUCGUAUUCUUCGGAACGGAUGCUUUAAAAUCUAUCGAAUCAAAUUUGUCACCUUAUCAACAUAGCGGAUCUAAGGAAGAUGUAUCUCUUUUUCGUAAUGAGAACGCAUUUCAAGUUCUUGUAUCCGCUCUUUUAUAUCCGGAGUCCACAUCAAAUUUUCAUUUUGACUCACUAAGUUUCAAUUCAGAUAUUAUUCCCGAUAUUUUCCGUCAAAAAAUAGUUGUUGCUAUCGCCGAAGUUUUCAAAUCAAACUAUUUAAAUUAUUUUUUGACAGAGUCCUUAAAUGUCUUGCCAACUUUAAUUGAGCAUUUGGAUAUAUUUAGUUCAAAAGUUCAGGUCAAUUUUGGAUUUAUUGGUUUUUGUCAUGGUCGAUUUAAAUUAUGUGCCAUUCAAGGAAUUAGUCAUGUUAUCUUUACAUUUUCAAGGCAUUCCUUGAAGAAUACGACAGCUAUUGUAUGCGAAACUGUUAUUGCACUUUUACAGACUUCUUCAAAAUUUAAGGAUGUGUUUCGCGAAAUUGGAUUAUUAAAUAUGUUAUGUAGCCUUCUUCAGGAAUUGGCAACUACAUUACAGAAUAGAUUCGGAAAUACACAUUUUGUUAAAAGAAUAUCUAUUUCACAAUUAUCAGAUGUAUCAGAUCAACAAAAUAAAGAUGUACACAGAACAAAAAAUCGAUUUGGUCCUGAAGUAAUUGAGAAUUUUCAAUUAAUAGCAGAAUGUCUGAUUGAAUUAUUGAAAGGUAACAAACCGAAUCUUACCUUAUUUAGUGUCACAUACAAAGGAAAUUUAUUAGAUUUACUACAUUACGAUGAAACUCGCGAUGGCGCGUUAGCUAUCUUUGAAACUUUAGUUGUAGAAAGUUAUAUUUUAUCUAAUAUUGAGCCCCAUACUUCAAAAUCAGCGAAAACAAUUUCUUUAACUUCGACCAUAGAACAUUCAUUUCAAUUUGGGAGGUUGGUCGAAAUCGUACAGUCACUUUCUCGAUUUGAUCUCAAAAUGAAAAAGCAUAUUCUUUGGUCUAUGAGGCGAAUCUUAAUAGCAUGCCCCGAAAUGAAGGAUGUUUUUCGUGAUACAGGGGGUUUUGUAUGUCUCAUAAGUUUAUUAGUAGGGUUGGAGGAUGUAUAUAAUCUAUGGGUUAAAGAUAGCGAGAUUAAAGAUAAUUUUCAAGUUGAUAAUGAUGUUAAAAUAUCAAGAAAAAGUAGGCAAUCGUUCGAAAUUGAUGAACCUCCCACGAAGGAUCAAGCAGUCGAAACCCUAAAAGCUAUUUUUUUUCUUUGUGCCGAAGCGCUUUCAGGUCAUGAUUCAAAUCGACGAUUUUUUAGCACUUCAAUUGGUUUCAAAUCUAUGGAGGAUGCAAUCAUUCUUACUCACAUCCUUGAACCUAAUGGUUCCGCAGAAAAUAUUUUUGGAAUACUUUUUGGAUUUACCAUUGAAAAUGAAGACGUUGCUGAUGUAUUCGUUGGAUCGACUUAUAAUGGAGUCGAACAACCUAAAGAAGAAAAUUCUCCAAGCAGAAUUGUUAAGAUGUUUGGCAAUAUGACUGAUGAAAUUAGAAAUCCUAAUGUCAUUCCUACUAUAUUAAAUCUGCAAUCAUAUGUGUGUUAUAAUGAAAAGUUGAAUUCAAAUAUUUAUGAGGCAUUACUUGCUCUUGCCUUUGCCAAUCGUAGAAAUCAAGUAAUGUUAAAUAAAUCUGGUGUGUUAGAAAUUGUUUUGAGGCGUCUUUUUCCUGUUCAUAAAGAUAAUCAAAAGGAAGAAAUGGAUAAUAAAAUACAGAUUCCUAUAAUUGAAAGACAAUUUUUGAAUAAAUUGGCCCAGAGACUGGUUGAAAUGGGUGUUUCUACUAAAGAAAUCCGAUUUUUAUUUGAGCAGCUUGAAAGUGGAAGUCAACAGCCUGAAGAAAUGAAUGAGGGCAACUUAAUGAACGUGAUGGAUAUGGUUUUAUUGGGGGUUCAAAGAAGUCGUUGGCCUAGGUUUGUUCAGUUUGAUAUGAGUCAGUUUGGAUUUUCUUGCUUGGAAAUGAACAACCUGAGUGAUCGACAAUUUCCGCCGGCUAAUGGGGGGUAUACAUUUAUGACUUGGCUUAUUAUUGAAAAUUUUGAUUCAAAAGUCAAUUUGACACUUUUAGGCUUGAGUGAUGAUGAAAAGCGUUGUUAUUUGCAAAUAUAUUUUGAAGCCGAAACUCAUAAGCUUGUUGUUCAAACUUCACCGAAACAAUCAAUUCGAUUUGAGAGUUAUGAAUUUAGAACAGGUUGUUGGUACCAAAUUGCUGUUGUUCAUAACCGACCGCGUUUAGGGUCAUCUUCCUCAAUGUCUCUAUAUGUUGACGGUCGGUUUAUAGAAAAAACAUCAAAGUGUCCAUAUUUAGGUCAACCUGCAGCUAAUAGUUCGAUAAGAACUUUUAUAGGAACACCAAAAGAUUUUGCUCGUACUUUGGGCAAAGGUGAAACAAUGCUUGCAUGGGAUCUCGGACCAUGUUAUUUUUUUGAAGAUGAUUUAGAUGGUGAUAUAAUUAGUGUAUAUUAUCACCUUAGUCCUCGUUAUUCUUCAAAUUUCCAAGAUUCUCUAGGACAAUUUCAAACUUAUCAAACAUCAACACUUCUUAAUAUGAGACUUGAGGCUUUAACUCGUCAGCGAAAGGAUGCGAAUAUUGAAUUGGAUCAUUUGGCUAUGGUAAAUGCAAUUCGCGGAAACAAUAGUCAAACGUUACCUGAAGAAAAAAUUAUCUUUGCUUUUAACGCAAGUAAUGUGCUUGUAUGUGGUCAAAAUGCUAGUAUUCUAGGAUCAGGACUAUCUGAAGGAACAUCACAAGCAUUAACGCUUGGUAUAGGCAACACAAAAGUAAUUCUUAAUGCCGCUGUGCCCAAGGUAGAGCGAGCUUUGCUAGUACCACACGGAUUAGCCUAUUUAUAUGGUAAUCCAGUUACUGCAAUUCCUUAUGGAAUGGACGAUUCAAUUUGGAAAAUAGGAGGUUCUGCUGUAGUUUUGAGAUUAAUAGAAAGAGCAGAGACGGCAAAAGAUCUAUACAAGACAGUUUGCAUACUAAUUGAGCUUAUUAGAUUCAGCUGGAGAAAUUCCGAAGAUAUGGAAAGAAUUCAUGGUUAUGAAAUUUUAGCUUAUUUACUAAAACAAAAACAUGGUCUUUUGACAUACGAGCUUUUGAAUUUAUUACUUGUUUUUGUCGGUUUAAAUCCAAUUAAUCCAAUGGAUUCGGUCAUCAUCAAUCCACUUGCCUAUCGAUAUCUUAUACUUGAUUUUGAUCUUUGGAGACAUGCUGACGAGAAUGUCCAACGUGCUCAUCUUAUGCAAUUUGCAACAUUUAUUCAAUUAAGUCAACAUCAUCAUUUUAAUGCCAAGCGUUUAAAUGUUGUAAAAAAAAUGUUAGUGGCUUUAAAAUUGAACGUUUAUCCGAAGGAUUUGUUGAUUGAUUUCAUUUCGACAUUAAAGAUUGUUGUUAAAUACAACUUUACAACAGAAGUUAUUAGGUCGAUAGCAACCUUUUUGGUAUCUACUCUUAAUAAGCCAAAUAAACGAUUUGCCCCUGCUCCUCGUCGCGAAUCCCCUCUUAAAACCGGAAUGGGUUCUACUUUUGCUCAUGAAAAUGUGAUGGGAAAAUCAUCUGUGAAAAAUAUAGUAACGGAUGUUAGAAGUUUACCGGUAGAUACCACGGCCAAACAUAUUGGUGUUUUAGUCAUGGAGAUGCUUGCCGAUAUUCUUUGCGAUAAAAUGAAUCCUUUUUACGUUAACAAAUUUUCUACAACGAUUACGAACAAAUGGCCAUUACUUUUUUUUAAUGAAGACUCUAAUCCAUUUUGGGUUGUUUGUACGGCUAGAAUUUUAGCUAGAUUAUUUCAUUCUCAAGGCUCUAAUUAUAUUUCAAAAUUUCGCACUUCAUCAGAAGGGUUCAUAGUAAUGCAAAAAUUACUUCCACAAUGGUGGUAUCUUACACAAUUACAACAUGCAUUACUUGCUAUGCUUUUCGGUACUGAUAUUUGUGACGUCCCUUUCGAUGCGUCAUUUGAUCUCUUUCCACUUUUGACUUUUUAUAAAGACAAGGAUAACUCGGCUCGCAUUGUAUGUUCGGAUGUUAUGCAAAUUAUUUUGCUUACAAUGAAGGAAGGUAUUAAUACAAUAGUUCAAUUGAGUUACGAUGUAGAAAAAGAUUUCAAAUUUAGAGGUAGAAAUCAAGACGAUAAUAUGAUUCACAAAAAUAGGAUGGAAGCUAGAGAUCUUAAAGUUUCUUUAGAUAAGGUUUCGGAAGUUCUUGAAGCCGAAAAAAUCAACGAAGAAAUUAAAGAUACUUUGUUUAGAGUUUCUCGUAUUUACCAGACACUUAUAAAUUUUCUCACUGACAUGUAUCAUAAUUCUACAGAAUUCAGUGAACUUUGCGUCAAGUGUGAAAUAAUGGACAAUUUCCUUGAAAUUUUAUUCCCGAUUGUUUGUUCUUGCGAUGAAGUCUCGAUAGAAACCGAACUAUAUUCAAAAAAUUUCGGAUAUGAGGUUGACAUUGAUGCGGCUUUUGAAGCUCACAUAAAUAAUGGAGUUUCUGGUAUAAUUCCGAUCCUUGCAAGUAUAUCAACACAGCCAAUUCAAUAUAUUGACGAUGAACCUGCAGAAGAAAUGACUUCCAUUUCAAGUGGAAGUAAUUUAUUGAAUAUCUUAACUGAUAAUCUAACAUUAAGCCCUUCAUUAUCAUCGCCAUUACGAGCAAGUCCAUUACAAAGCGAUACAGAAGAUGAUCCUAUAUUUAAUUAUAAUGUACCGACCACAAUGAGUCCCAAAGAAAAGAAACCAGAUUAUGCCGAACAUAAGAAUGCGGCAGUAGAAAGCCUUCUUGAAUUUAUUGUUUCAAUAUGUGUCAAUUCUAUUGUUGACCCCAAAGUUAAACCUUUGGCAGGUUUUGAGUGUGUUUUAAAAUCCUUUCCUCCAUCUUUAUUAGAACAUCAGAUAAAAUUCGAAAGUUACAUUUUGCAACACGUCGUGGGGUGUCUUAAAACCACCUUGCAAAUUGACAAGAAUUUGUUGAUGGACCAACGUAUAAUAGCAAAUGUUUCUAGAUUUUCACAGAUUGCAGUGGAUGCAUUAUACCAAGGAUGGUUUUUGGACGGACGAAAUCAAAUGUUUGGUUUUCUUACAAUUGUUCUUGAGGGAAUUCAACAUACCGAUGAUGCUAUCGGAAAACGUUCUAGUGAUCAAUGUAUAAAUUCAUUGUAUCGUUCUCUGAAUAGAAUUAUUUUGUUUGGUUUAUCAGAAAUCGAUCAAAUGUCAAUUGAUGCAAGUAUUAUUGAUGAAAUUCUUGACAAAAUCAUCUAUCAUCAAAAAGUCAUAUUCAGUCCAUAUAAUACUGAUAUUGAUUUUUUGAAAUGUUUAUGCUAUCAUCUAUAUAAAUGUUUACUUUAUGACAAUCAAGAAAUCAGGACUACAUCAACAAAUAUUUGGAAAUUAUUAAUGCUUCAAAAACAAGUUGAAAUGUCUGGGAUUUUGAAGACGCGUAUAAGAGGAAUUGAACACAAAGAAUUGAUAGAAGGAUUUUCAAAGCUCCUAGAAAUGGACACGGUUUCAUUUCUGGACUGGAUUGACUCUCGUAGGAUUCAAUUAGAUGCUUUAUUUUUUGAAAAUAUAUCAAAGAUAUUAGAAUCUAUAAUCGCAACUGAAAUGAAGAAUAGCAAAGAAACAAUCAAAAAUGUUCAUUCAAAGCGAAUGGGUAAACUCAAGCGUAUACAGAAAAAGGUCACAGCUGAACAAGAAUUCUUUAACCAUUAUCGCGUUAGGACUAAUAGGUGGUCAAGGCACAUUCAAGAAAUUGAAACUGGACGAUAUUAUAAAUCCAUUCAAGAUAAUAUCGAUCUCUACAAUUAUGUUAGGGAUGAAUGGACAAAAACAUCUGCGGACUUAUUCCGUGAGCGUGCUCUUUGGGGUUCAAAAACUGUUGAUGCUGAGGCCAAAUGGAGAUUAGAUUUCACAGAAGGUCGAUGCCGUAUGCGUAAAAAAUUAGAAAGGAACGAAACCUUGCGAUUGCACACAUAUAAAUCGAAGAGUAAUAAACAUGAGAAUUUAGCAAAAGAGAACGCACCUUCAUCUCCUGUAACGAACAGUCCUAUUAAAUCAUCCUCAUCUUUGGAGGUACCUGGCCUUAAUAAAAGAGGAAAAUCCCCAGAUCGUUCUAUGACCCUUACACCAAGUACCAGUGAUUUGGAGUCAUUUCCUGCUGAUGACGUUGAUUCUGUUGGAAAUAGUCAAUACACCGAAUCACAAGCAGAAGUUGAUGAAGAAACCGCAUAUGAAGAGGACAAAAACCGCAAAGUGUUAAGGUCUUUAGAACAUGGAGACUCUGUCUUAGAUAUUUUUAAUAUAAGUCAUAUCAUCGGAUUGGAUGCUUGUGAGAGCCUUUUACUUUUAUGUAAACAAAAUUUGUAUUUAAUAGAUAAUUAUUUCCAACGUUUAGAUGGUGAAAUUGUUGAUAUUUGGGAUGCACCCAUUAAGGAACGGGAUCAAUAUUUACAAAUGUUAGCAGCACACGCGGGAUAUGAUAGCAAUACUAGUGUGAAAGAGAAGAAACACAAGAGUCGACGAUGGGCUUUUGAUGAUAUUAAAGAAGUCCAUAAACGAAAAUUUUUAUUUAGGGACGUGGCACUUGAAAUAUUUUUCGCUGAUGGUCGAAAUUAUCUGAUAACUUUCUUUUUGGAUGAAAGAGAUGUAGCAUAUAAUAAACUUGUUGCUCGAGCUACAUUUUCAAUAAGUGGUUCUGAAUCAGUUAUUGGAACUUCAGCCUUAGAUGUGAUGUCACCGGUCGCUCCGUUAACUAUUGGCUCUUCGAGUGGCUUGUCAUUCAAAUUGGCAAAUUUUAAUUUUUUUGCAAAUUCCUCACUAUCAGAAUUGACUUCACGAUGGGAAAAUAGGGAAAUAUCAAACUUUCAGUAUUUAAUGCAUUUAAACACACUGGCUGGACGAUCGUACAAUGACCUUACGCAAUAUCCCGUUUUUCCGUGGAUUUUAGCCGACUAUACUAGUGAAGAACUGGAUUUAACGAAUCCAGCUACUUUUCGCGAUUUGUCAAAACCUAUGGGAGCUCAAACAGAAGAACGAAAAAAGGAAUUCCAAACUCGAUAUCGUUCUUUUGAUCCAACUGCAAAUGCAACUACACCAGCGUUUCAUUAUGGAACGCAUUACUCAUCUGCAAUGAUUGUUUGUUCAUAUCUAAUACGACUUGAACCAUUUGUCCAGCAAUAUUUAAAACUUCAAGGUGGACAUUUUGAUCACGCUGAUCGAUUAUUCCACUCUAUUCAAAAAGCGUGGUUAUCUGCUACACGCGACAAUAUGAGUGAUGUCCGAGAAUUAAUUCCCGAAUUCUUUUAUUUACCCGAAUUUUUAGAAAAUACAAACAAAUUCGAUUUUGGUGUCAAACAAGGAACUGGAGAAGCUCUUGAAAGUGAAUAUGUAAGUGCACACCUUCAUGAGUGGAUAGAUUUGAUUUUUGGUUAUAAGCAACUAGGACCACCGGCAGUUGAAGCCAUAAACGUUUUCCAUCAUCUUUCUUACGAGGGAGCAAUAGAUUUGGAUGCCAUUACCGAUCCUGUUGAACGUUCUGCAUCAACCGGAAUCAUUCAUAAUUUUGGGCAAACACCACGUCAAUUGUUCACUAGACCUCAUCCCGCAAGAUUUCCCGAAUCAUAUGAUCCUGCUAAUGGUAUAGGGUUAUAUAAAUUCCAUGAAAAUGUGAACAAAUUAAUUCAGUCAAUACAUCCAUUGAUAGACAUUCGAUUACAAGUGCAUGAUAUUCGUUUAACAAGUAAUGAUCGCUUAGUAGCGGUUAGCACACAAAAAAUCUUGGUACCUCCUAAUUACACACAUUAUGUUGAAUGGGGUUACGCUGAUAAUAGUCUUCGACUUCAUCAAUCAGAAACAAGAAAGCUGGUGGGAUUAUAUGAGAAUCUUCAUUUGGAAGCUGUAAGCUGUGCAUGCUUUGCAGAUGGAAGAACGUUUAUUACUGGUGGUACAGACGCGGUUAUUUGCAUCUGGAGAUUAAAAUGGCAGACAAAAUCUCCUGAAUUUCGGUUUAUCGAAUGUUUGCGAGGUCAUUCGGCAAAGAUUAAUUGUGUUACAACUUCGAGAUCUUAUAGCAUCAUUGUUAGUGGAUCAGAUGAUCAAACUUGUAUAAUUUGGGAUUUGAAUAGGAAGAAAUACGUAAGGCAGUUACAAAAUCAUGAAGCAGGAGUUCAAUUUGUCGCAGUCAAUGAUGCUACGGGAGAUAUUGCCACAUGUAGUGGAUCAUUUAUUAGGAUAUGGACUGUUAAUGGUGAUCUUUUAUUAACUAAAAACACCUCACAACCUCCAGAACCUAUCCUUUGUUGUACUUUUUAUGAAGGAAAACAAAAUGAAUGGUUUUACCAAGAUUUAAUCGUAACAGGACACAAGAAGGGAGUAGUAAAAAUAUGGAAUAAAACUUUGGAACACAAACCUUUAUCGAAUUAUGGUGAAAAGAAUGUUAAAUGGGAUCUUUCAUUAAGACAUCAAUUAAAGCAUGAAAAUAGAUUAACAUUAGAUAUAGUGGCAUUGUUGGUUUCUGGAACGCAGCGCAUUCUCUAUAGUGGAGAUUCAUCAGGGAAAGUUUUUGCAUGGGUUUUGCCGGAUGUUAAAAUAGAAACACAUUGGAUGCCGGAUAAUCACACGGAUAAUUGUCUCAAAUGUGGAACUAAAUUUGCAGUAUUAGAAAGGAAAAUACAUUGUAAAACAUGCGGAGGUAUUUAUUGUUCUGGAUGCACACAAUCAGGAACAGAUAGAAAUUCAAGAUAUUGUGAAAGUUGUUGUAAACAACUAGGGACGACAUUUUCAUCUUAA